UCAACUGCCAUUUAUGGAAGGCACAUGCAUGAGUAAUUGACAUUAGCCAAUCAGAAACAAGUGUGAUUAUAGACUUCCGAAGCAACUGUGGUUGAGCGAAAAGGUACUUGUUAGUUGCAGUAGCCCUGUGAGGAAAGGAAUCUUUCAGGGACUUAACAGAAGUAUGGAUUUGCGACUCGUAUUUUUGGUAGUUGUGGCUGUUGCCGUGUGCACAGAAGCCAAGAGUGUAAAAGGAAACAAGAAAUGUGGAUUUAGCUGUGCUCCUACUUCGUGUGCACCAUCUUGUCCAGUGUCAUGCUGCACUCCUCCACCACCACCUCCACCUCCACCACCACCACCACCACCACCACCUCCACCACCACCAAUGACUCUUCACCAUCACCAACACGUUGUUUCCCACAUAAUGCACCCCGCUCCUCCACCACCCCCUCCACCACCACCAGCACCAUGCAUGCCACCAUGCCAUCAGCAGGCUAUCUCCCACGCCAUUCAAUAUCAUGCUUCUCCACCUGGACCUCCACCAGCACCAAUGCCAGCUCCUCCACCAAUGCAAAUCGAUAGCCACCAACACGUCUUUACACAUAUAACCCACCCUGCUCCACCACCACCACCUCCACCACCACCAGCACCAUGCAUGCCACCAUGCCACACCGUGCAGACCGUCCACCAGCACGUCCAUCACUUCCCUCCCCCACCACCACCUCCAUGCCCAGUGCCAUGCCCAGUGCCAUGCCCAAUGCCAUGUGGUAAAUAAAUCUGACAAUUUAUUAAACAAGCGUUUAUCAGUCCCGUGGACUUUGGAUCGAUCACAUCAAGACUGGUACAAAGUACUACAGUGCUACCGUUGUUUUACUUCAAAACACCUCAUAGAAUUAGGUGCUGGAUUAGAAACCAAGCGAGAAGACUGACGACGUUUUUGGAACAUAUUUAGCUUAGUGACAAUGACAUUCAACAAGGAGAACGACAAGUGCACAUACUUUUCUUUGUAAAUAAUUGUACCCAGCUGUACCGCAUUAUACCUAUCAUGGUCAUUGUUUACGAAGCUGCAGUUUGGGGCGUGUAUUUUAGAAGUUAAAGUGAGUGUCCGACCUGAUCUCGUUUCGCCAAGUAUCGUUGUGAAAAUAAAAGUUGAAAUAUUUCAUGAA